AUGGUAUCGCGAAAGCGCACCCGCUCCGAGGUGGACGCUCCGACGGAGCAGCCACGCGAGGAGCCUGGCUUGCUCACGCAGCUUCGAAACUCCUGGGAGUUUGCGAACCUCAUGCAGUAUAUCGCCAUCUUUGGGAAACCAAUGAAAAUCGACGAAGAUUUUGGAAUUGAAGAUCUGGAAAACGAAUGUCUUAAACCUGAACCUUCCGAGAAGCUUUUGGAGAUUGGGCUCUGUCUCCUGAAAUGGGUUUCGUCGCAUCGCGGACUUACGUUCGAUAAUUUUGACGAAUACACGCGACGACAGUACAAUGCAAAAGCCUCGCACCGUACAAACCCCUUCGGGCACGAUGAAGUCCCGAACAGGUUCUUGGACUUUGAUGUCUUUUUGAAACUUCAAGUCCUUCAUCAGCUUACCGUCUGGACAUUCUGGAACCCCGAUCGGAUCCGUGAUAAGAUGCCGGCACAAAGGGAGACGGACCAGUUGGAAUGGCGUAUUGAAGAAGUUGGGUACGACCGUCAAGGCCGAUACUACUAUAUUCUAGAUGAUAACCGACUCUACCGCCGUACUGACCCCCCUCUCCCUCCUCCGAAACCAGCAAAGUCCAAGUCCAAGUCCAAGCCCAAGCCCAAGAGAAAGAGUGCGCGAGCUGUGAGAGCGUCCAAGCGGAGAAAAGUCACCGGCGCCGACUACGAUGACGAAUCCGAGGAGGAGAACACUGAGGUGAAACUCGACGUCGAGGACCAAGACCCCUUUGAGGGAAUGAAAUGGGAAUGCAUCGCCGUUACGCUAGACGAUUACAAAGAGUUCCUAGAGUCGCUACGAAACACAAGAGAUGCGGACGAAAAGAUACUCAGGGGUAGGAUCGAAGAACAAGUGCUCCCGGUAAUUGAGCAGGAGGAAGCAUCCCAGGAGCGCCAAAAGGUUAAGCGCGAAAAGGAGCUCUUCAACCUCCAACUCAUCGCUGGUGCCAAGAGGUCAAGCCGUAUCGCCCAGAAGAGUGAGAAGGAGCGACACGACCGGGAGGCCAUUGAAGCUGCGCAGAAACGGGAAGAAGAACUCGCCGCCGCCCGCGAGGAGGAAGAGAGAUUGAAGAAAAUGGAACACGAACGGCAUUCACGUAUCAUGACGCGCGAACAGCGUAUCAAGGAGCGUGAAAGAAAACGUGUGCUGCACGAGGCCGAGCUGCAACGGAUUGAAGAGGAGCAAAAGAAGCUUGAAAGAGGGGAGAGCCGGAUUUCCGAACGGCAGCUUAAGUCGGAAUUGGAGAAACAGCGAAAGAACUUGGAGGAUCUCUCUCAAGAAGACGAGUGGAUCUUCGACUGUUCUGGCUGUGGUGUUCACGGAGAAAAUAUUGAUGACGGCUCCCAUAGCGUUGCUUGUGAGAACUGCAAUGUGUGGCAGCACAGCAAGUGCCUUGGGAUCAAACAGAACGAGGCUGAGAGCGAAGACUUCCAUUUCGUCUGCCGGGAUUGCAAACGCCGCGAAGAGGAAGCGAAGCUCCCCAAAUUGCCGCCGCUCAAGUUCAAGGUUGGUUCUUCGCCGUCUGGUCCUGUUGAAGGUCACCCAGAUGGCACGCCGGCCAAUGCGACGAAGGCUGUUCCAACUACGACAGAAAGCAAUGCGGCUGCAGCCCGGGCAGUCGUCAAUGGAUCCCCGACGAAACAACCACACCCUUCUCUACCUCAUCCGCCAAUCCAUGCUGUGCCUUUCCCCAUUUCUCCCGAACGCCGACCUCAAUCAUCGCAUGCAGCUCCUUUCAGCCCAUCUCGCGCGCCGUUCUCUCCUUCAAAAGGUGUGAACGGCCAUGUUUCGUCUCAAGAGCAGCCGAAGCUGCCGUCAAUCCACCAAUUCCCACUCAAUGGCCGUGGCCCGCUCCCUCCAGCCCCGACUUUUACUCGACGACCUUCAUCCUCUCACACAAUCCACAGCCCGACCCUCCCGUCCCCCAUCCAAAAUAGACCAUCAAUGUCUCCCACCCAAGGCAAUCGUGAUGUUGGACCUCUUGCCGGAUUCCCACCUAUGGCCUCUUCCGACGGCCCUGCGCCCUGGACGCCACAUCACACUCCGCGUCCUAGCACCGGAAAUCAGGCUUCGUUUUCCUCAAUUCACAGUGGAAACGUAUCGUUUACAGCGACCCCUACUGCGAACCGGGCUUCGUCCCCUCAUUCCCAGCAUGUUCUACUAUCCGGACUUAGUCCUACCAAACAAUCUCCACGGCCGGCGACUGCUGGAGGCAUGGCUGGUGCGCCGAUCUUGCCGCCAGUACAAAGGCUAGAGCCAAGUCCGAAGCUGAUGGGAAGAAGCUCGCCCGACGCUCCGAUUCCGCCGCCGGUGAAAUGCAUGACCCCGGAGCAGGAGGAGCGCAGGCAAAGAGAGAAUGCAAUGGGGCUACACAGCCAUCUCUCAACAAAUUCCAAUGGGCAACAUGCGAUGUCUUCGCCAUCAAUCAACCGGAUCCCUCCUCUAGAACCGUCGCCCCUGGUGCCGAAGCCUGAGCCUUCUACGCAGCCAGGUUCUCAGAGCUCGAACCACCCAUGA